CUUCAGAGAUGAGGGGAAGGAAGAAGAGGGAGGAGCCAUCUGUGACAGUUGUCCCAGAAUGAGCAUAAACAGGAUGUGGUGUUGGAUGAAAACUUCCCCCUACCCCACAGCCUCCCCCCAACCCCAUCCUGUUCUCCACCCCUGCAAGACAGCGGAACUGAGAAAAGAAGAGGGCUUGUGGACAGAAAACAUCAUGUCUGACUCCCUGGUUGUGUGUGAAGUGGACCCAGCACUGAAGGAAAAGCUGAGGAAAUUCCGCUUCCGAAAAGAAACGGACAAUGCAGCCAUCAUAAUGAAGGUGGACAGAGACCGGCAGAUGGUGGUGCUGGAGGAGGAAUUUCAGAACAUUUCCCCAGAGGAACUUAAAUCAGAGUUGCCAGAGCGACAGCCAAGGUUCGUGGUCUACAGCUACAAGUACGUGCACGAGGACGGCCGGGUUUCCUACCCUUUGUGUUUCAUCUUCUCCAGCCCUGUGGGCUGCAAGCCUGAGCAGCAGAUGAUGUACGCGGGAAGUAAAAACAGGCUCGUGCAGACAGCGGAGCUCACAAAGGUGUUUGAAAUCCGCACCACUGACGACCUCACUGAGGCCUGGCUUCAAGAGAAAUUGUCUUUUUUUCGUUGAACUCAGUCAGGGACUUGAAUUCCUGAUGUUUGAGCCCCAAAGGGAACUGAAGACUCGGACUCUUAAAAUGAGAACAUCGAAGACCAUAAAGAAAUUAAAAAAAAAAAAAAAAAAAAA